UUGCGGUAUGGUAUUGGCAGGUACCCUAGGCUCAGAGCAGUGCUUCUCUACCUCUGUGUGUGUCGUUCCGCUGUCCGUUCCGGUGGAUGCUGUCGAUAGUAACGUUCAGUGAACACAUGACAUUUUAAACCCCGGUGCUCAAACCACAACGGCUGGAUGAGUGGCCCAACUUUCACCCCCCCCUCGGCAGAGGUGGCAGAGAUGAACCGCAUCCAUUAUGAGUUGGAGUAUACAGAGGGCAUCAGCCAGCGCAUGCGGAUCCCUGAAACGCUCAAGGUGGCCCCAGAGAACCAACCAGUGCCUCUGCCACUACAGCCCCCCAUGCCCCCUCAUACAACACUGAUGCAGGUGCCUGAGAGGAUCAUUGUAGCAGGUGAUGAGGGGGACCCUAGAUUUUCUUGCCCCAGAGAUUUAGACCUGAUUCAGUCUGUCCCUCCUGUGGAUCUGCUGGACAUGAAGGCCCCACCUCGGGUUCUCACCCUCACUGAACAACCACUGGACUCACUGGAAACUGAUCAAGCUGCCAAUUCACAGAACAAUCCCAGCCAAGCUGCCCAUUUCCGUUCUCGAAGGGAACGUAGUGCCAGUGAUAACAUUUCCGGCCGCCACAGCAGUCACAUCAACAGAGGUGAUGCAAGUGUAACCCCUUCCCCCUCUGCUCCUCCAGUCCGCUUGUGUCCCCCUCUCUGUUCCCCUGAGGAUGCAAACAUCAACCUGUUCACAGCUGCCGGCUUCCUGUCGUAUAUUCAGUCAACAACACGUAGAGCGUAUCAGCAGGUUCUUGAUGUGCUGGAUGACAGCCACCGCAGGAUGCCCUUGGAUCUGGCAGUGGAUAUGAAUCCUGAUGAGUCUGGCCUAGUUGAUGCCUCCUCACUACGACGACAGAUUGUGAAGCUGAACCGGCGUCUUCAGCUGCUGGAGGAAGAAAACAAAGAGCGCUCAAAGCGAGAGGUGGUCCUGUAUUCUGCCACAGUUGCAUUCUGGCUUAUUAAUACCUGGAUAUGGUUUCGUCGUUAAAAUGGAUGAACCGAGUCUCCCAAAACACUGGAAGCCAAAGCAUUUCCUUGUUACGUGUGCAUCUCAUCAGAUUUCCAGCUCAAUAUUCACACCUGACUACUGACAGGUCACUUUGAGGUGGUCUCACAGAACACACCAAUGUACUCUGUGUUUAAUCUAAAACAUCUCUCAUUUCAAAGCACAAUCAAGUACAGCAGGGUAAAGUUUGAAUUGUUACAACGUUGUUUUUUUGCUUAGCUGAGAGAAUCUGAGUUGGUUUCAGAAAUGAGGUUUAACCAUAGGAAUAAUAAAAGUUUAACCUUGAACUCUCAACUGUCAAACUCCAGAAAAGCUGAUCAGUGGAGUUCAACUGAGUUACCUGUGUCCCUGUUCACUGAGAAUCAGUUUAGCCGACAACUAGCAGCUGUAGUGAAAUAACAUUAGUAAAGUGAAAAAAAUCACCAUAUAUCGCAAUAUAUUAAGUUACUUAGCACUUCAUGAUGAAUUAUGAAAGAUGGAGGCUGUAUGUACUUGGUUAUAACUUGGCCUAACAGGACAAAACUGCAUCAGUACCAAAUGGAGCUAAAACAUGAUGUAGCUUAAAUAUAGAUUAGUAGUAUUAGUAGUAGUAGUAGUAGUAGUAAUAGUAGUAGUAUUAAUCAGUUAAUUCACCUGUCCCGACAGUCUGAAAGCUGUUGUGAGGUGCAUAGUCUUAUUAUUAUAAGUAAUUGAAAAUUAAAUUACUUAAAUAAAUGACUUUAUGAAUGUGAGGACAGAUCACAACUUUAAAUAAAUCACAUCUGAAUGAUAAAGUGGGCAAGAAGUUGAGUAACAGACAAAUAUAAAACCAUUGUCUGUGUGAAUGAUGAAAAGAAGCUGUCAGAAAGCAGGACUGGAGGAAAUGCACAGACACUCAGAGUUUCUCACAGAAAACUGCCAGCGAGUAGUUUUAACUUCAUGGAGUACGUUGUCAAGUUGAACUUGUUUUGUGAAACUGAAAACCCUGAGUUUCGUGUGAGUCAAGUAAGUUGAAUUUCACAAAAUCCACUUUCUGGACAGAGCCCAUUAGAAUCUGGAGAACAGUCUACCCAGAUUUAACCAGCACCAGUUUCAAACCCUGACUAGUGCACUUAGUUUAUUGAUAUUCACAGAGAUAUGCAGUUACUACUGAUUCUACCUGUUGGGUUCAUAAAUCUUUUGCACAGCAGCAACAUGUGUUACAGCGAUUCUGAUCAUCAUGUAUCUGUGAGAGAGUAAAGUAAUUUAGCAAAGGAGAUUUUUUAGCUUCAGAAGAGGAAUAUUUAGAGAAAAAUAAGGAUUUACUUGAGCAGCAGAUGUUUUGGGAACUCAGGCAAGCGCUUUACUUAUAGGACCAAGCCUCUGAAGUGGAAGUUCAGAAGUUUUGUCAGAAACUAUCCUGGAAGUGUCAAAAGUAUGAUUAUAACUAAAUCUAUAGAUGCCAUAACAUUUUCCUUGAAUGUCGUUUGAGUUCUGCGACACCCAAAUCACAGUGUAGUACUUGAAUAACUUUAAGUAGAUGUAGAUUUGUCCUCUGUUAUUUAUUUUUGUAUUGAUUUAUUUUUUACUUCAUUGGCACUCACACAUCUAGUGAGUUAAGUUAAAAAGAUACCCAAUAGCUGAAGUGGUAAUAAAAAAAAACUCAAUGGAUAUAUUAUCUGUGAAAUGAUCAUGUAUUUUAACACUGUUAAUAGUUUUCCACCUGUUAUCUAUAAGAGUAAAAGCAUGGGCUCUGUGUUGUUAUUCGUCAUACAGUGUGAUACGAGUCUUAACACUUCAGUGUAUAUGAUCAUGUGUCAGAAAUAGCUCUGUAUAGGAUAUGUUGAUGUUAAUAUUUUUGAAUAAGGAAUUUAUUUCAUGUUGGUUUAUUUAUUGCACAUAAUAUUUGCAGAAGAGCAUUUAUAUCUUCAUCUGAGUCGGGGGUUUCAACUUAAAUGUGUUCUUUCUUUGUAAUAUAUGAAUACAUCCAUGUUUGUAAAUAUUUUUGCUGUAAUAAAUAAAAGAUGGAUGGAUCUGUG